GCAAGAAAACCAAGAAUGGAAGACACACCGGCAACCAACAUCGGCGGAGACGCUCAACAGGAAAUGAUCGCAGCAUUCUCAGAGAUAACUUCUGCUACCAAAGAAGAAGCAUCCUUCUUCCUCGAAUCGCACAACUUCGAUCUCGAUUCCGCCGUCUCUACCUUCUUCGAAACCGCUGCCGCCGUAGAUGAGGCUCCUGUGUCUGCCUUACCUGGCCGAAACCCUAACCGGCCUUCUGAUACACAUUCCCCUUCAUUCUCUCCGUCGUCUUCUCCGUCUCGCUCCCGAUCAGCCUCCCCACCUCCUGCUAUUGGUUUACAAAAUCCUUACAAUCUACGAUCUAGGAACACCGCUACGGAUAAGAAGCCAUCAGGUAGUCGGUCUACUGGACGCAUACGGACUUUCUCAGAUCUGAAUCGACAGGGCGAUGACUCCGGAAGUGACUCCGAUGAGCCCCAGGAGUAUUAUACCGGUGGUGAAAAGAGUGGAAUGCUUGUUCAAGAUCCAUCAAAGGUGAAUGAUGUGGAAUCAUUGUUCAAUCAAGCUCGACAAGCAGGAGCAGAAGAAGGAACACUCGAACAACUCCAACCAUCUUCAAGCUCCAGAAGCUUUGCAGGAAGAGGAAGAUUACUAUCUGGAGAGACAACAUCAGCCACUCCUCAAGUCUCUGAACCUGAUGUUCAUACUCACACCAUCACUUUCUGGACCAAUGGUUUCACUGUUAACGAUGGUCCUUUGAGAAGACUCGAUGAUCCCCAAAAUGCAUCUUUCUUGGAGAGCAUAAGGAAGUCAGAAUGUCCAGAGGAGCUUAGGCCUGCAAAAGGAAGAGCUCCUGUUCAUGUCAGUCUUGUGAGGAAGCUUGAAGACUUCCCUGUUCAGAAACACCGCCACACUGCGUUUGUGGGUGUGGGUAGAACCCUAGGCACCACCACCACCACCACCACUUCAUCAGAACACGCCACCAUUACACCGCCGCCUGCCACCAUGCCUGCCACCGCUGCACCAACCCCACUGGCGGGGCUAGUGGUGGAUGACGCACUACCUUCAACCUCUAUUCAACUGAGAUUGGGCGAUGGGACCCGUAUGGUUUCUAGAUUCAAUUUCCACCACACGAUUGGUGAUAUCCGAUCUUUCAUUGAUGCAUCAAGGCCUGGAGGAUCUAGGGUUUAUCAGCUUUUGACAAUGGGGUUCCCGCCAAAGCAGCUUAAUGAUUUGAAUCAGACGAUUGAAGGGGCUGGGUUAGCGAAUUCGGUUGUGAUACAGAAACUCUAGUGUGAGGUAACAAGUUGUUUGCUGAAUUACUACUUUAGAUUUGUUCUUUGUUUGUUUUUCAUAUAAUACAUGAAGUGAAACAAUUGGGUUAUUUUGGCUCUUGA